GUAUAUUCUCACCUCGCCACUGACUCUUCCCACAAGCCCAGUGAGAAUGCCUAGUGUACCGCCUCCCGCUACCGUGCUUGUGACCGGGGUCAGCGGAUUCAGCGGCAUCUGGAUCGCGCGCGCGCUCCUCGAGAGCGGGUACGCCGUCCGCGGCACCGUGCGCUCCGAGGCGAAGGCCGCGCACGUCGCCACCGUCUUCAAGGAGCACGGCGACAGCUUCAAGACCGUCAUCGUCCCAGACAUCUCCAAGCCCGACGCGUUCGAUAGCGCGAUCGACGACUCGAUCGCCGCCGUGGUGCACGUCGCCGGCGUGGCUGAGCUCAACAGCACGAGCUCUUCGGACAUCUUUGGGCCGAACACAGAUGGCGUCGUCGGUCUCCUCGAGAGCACCCGCAAACAUGGCAAGAACGUGAGGAGGUUCGUGUACAUGUCGUCCGCGCAGGCGAUGCUUGGCCACGAGGACAUCUUCCACGUCUACAACGAGAACGACUGGGCAGACAAGGACCUCGCCCUCGCGAAGGAGAAGGGCGGCGAGGCAGGCGGCCUCGCGCUUUACCGGGCGAGCAAGGUGCUCGCCGAACGUGCGAUCGUCGACUUCGUGGAGAAGCACAAGACCGAGAUCGGCUGGGAUGCGACGCGGAUCUUGCCUGCUUGGAUCUUCGGACCGGUCAUCCACGACUGGAAGACCGUCGAAGACCUCAACCUUUCCUCGAAGAUCAUCUUCCAGCAGCUCACGACCCCGCGCGAAGACGACAAAGUGAACGACUACGCGUCGGAGUUCGUCGACGUGCGCGACGUCGCGGACGCGUUCGUCGCCGCGCUCAAGGUCGAAGAGGCCGGCGGCAAGCGGCUCCUCCUCGACGCCGGCGCAUACACGUACCAGAACCUCUACAACGCGGUGCACGAGACCGCGCCGGGCCUGGAGGGCGUCGUGCGCGGGAACCCGAACGCGCCGCCGUUCUCGUUCCCGGGCGCGUUCGUCGACUCGUCGAGCACGGUGAAGGUGCUGCAGCUGAAGCCGUUCCGGAGCCUUGGAGAGUGCGCGGUGGACACGUACAAGAGCAUCAAGGCGAAGUUGUGAGAUGUUGCGGGGGAUAGGUAGCUAGGGCGCUGUGGCCUAGUCUAGAUGCGAAGUGUUGUACUUCUACCAUCUGUUGUACUUCCAAUAUUCAAUCUAUCUGCGAUCUGUAGCGUUUUUAGUGUCC